UUCCACUUCACUCCAAAGCAGAGAAAGCUUCUAAACUUGAAAAAAAAAAGUUAUGAAAGAACACUUGACUUUAAAAAGAUGAGUGAAGACUUGAAUCCUCCAUGAUCACAUGUGAAACCCCCUAUCUUCUGAUUCUUUAGUACUACCAUCAAUAGCAAAACUGUUUACGGUCUACAUUAACAAAUAAAACUCUUCCGGUUACCUGUAUUUGUAACCAAACCAAAAUGUCAGAUGAAAAGACAACCGAGUAUAAUAAGAAGAAGAAAAAUGAGGUGGUGGUUAAUUUGUGUGGGGACAUGAACCUGGGACCUCCUUGUCAACCCCAAAUGUGGAAAUACCCUUGUUAUUGCCAAACAAAGUAAAGAAAAAAGAGAGAAAAAGAGAGGGGGUGAAGCAUGGCCUCAUGGCCACCCAAACCUACAGAGAUUUUUUGUGUGCAUGCGAGGGAGAAAGCGAUGGCCUCAUCGCCAUGUGAUUGCUGGCCCCAUCUCUCUCCUCCUUCUUCCAUUGAGCAUGUCUGGAACGACAUCAAACUCGACUCUCUCUCCAAUUCCCCUGUUGACAUAGACUUCAACAACAACCACUCUGUCUCUGAUUCUUCUUUUCUUAACCUCACUUCCACUUCCUCUUCUGUCUUUCACAAACAUGACCAUGACCACUCUCUUCUUUCUGUCUCCAACACUUCCUUCGAAGCCUCCGGCUCUAAGAAAACCACCCUGCUAGAUCAACGCCAUGCGCGUAUAAUAAAAAAUCGAGAAUCCGCGGUUCGGUCCAGAGCUAGAAAACAGGCUUAUAGAAAAGGCUUGGAAGUUGAAAUUGCCCGUUUAACGGAAGAGAAUUCCAGACUAAAAAGACAAUUGAAAGAGUUGCAGUGCUGCUUGUCCUCCUCUGAUAACCCUCCCACUCCCAGAAUGGCCGCUCUGUGUAGAACCUCAUCAUCUCCAUUUUGAGAAGGAAAGGAACCCAUCAUGACUCUUGGAUGUUUUCAACUUUCAAAUGUUUGGGAAACAAACACAAGGAUUAUAAAUGGAUUGAAUUCUUAUAAUUUUUUUUUUAGAGGAAGAGUUUUCAAUUUUUUGAUAACCUGAUUUUGGAGUUUUUACUAAGAUGGUCUAGUAGUUGGGAUUUUAGUAAUUAAUGUGGAAUCUUAAAUUUAAACUUCAUUAAUUACCAUUAUUGUAUAUUUAAAAAAAAAAAAUGGGCUGCUUUCUGUCA